GUUUCUUGCAUUACGUCAGAAAAUUCCGUCCGACGGCCAUUUUGGUAGUGUAAAUAGAUCCAUAGCUGGAAGACGGACGUUGCGAAGAAGGACAUUUUUAGGGACGAAUUGCUGGCAUACUUACGACAAACAUUGUUUGCAUAGUAACCUUGUAACCUGGGUUUAGCAUGGACCAGGAUUUCAGUGCAUUCGAGGAGCAGACACGCCCAUUUGAGGGUAAUAAUCUUGACGACUUCGUACAGGUCGGCGCGCCCGGGAACCAGUUCUUUCACGCAGACGAUCACGAGGCCGAGGGUGAACCGGUGAGCUCGAGCGGCAGAGACGAGGCCGAGGAAGAUCUGUACUUGGGGUCCGACAACCCGGAAUCUUCGGAGGCACAGGCAGCCCCCGUCGUAGACAACCUACUUGACUUCGGGUUUGAACCGCCGCCGAAGAUGGCCGAACCCAUAUCCGCGGUGCCCGACUCGUCUGCCGCCGAGCCCGCCAUCAAGGAGGAGCUCGAGCCCGUGCCGGAACCAGCACCAGCGGCAGGCUCAAAAUGGCUUGAGUCCCAGAACAUCGAUCCCAGAGCCGACGCUGAACCUAGCGGAGAUGCUAAGGGUGCUACAACGGCAGCCAGAGUAUUGGACCUGGUGUACUGGAAGGACCCCAAGGUGACUGGAGGGGUGUUCGGAGGCCUGCUGGUGUUGUUGCUGUCCCUCACCUUCUACAGCGUGCUGUCUGUUGUCGCUUACCUCAUCCUUGCUUUGCUGACUGUAACAAUUAGCUUCCGCGUCUACAAGAAUGUGCUCAAUGCUGUGCAGAAGAGCAAUGAUGGACACCCCUUCAAGGAGUGGCUGGACCAGGACAUUAACAUCUCCACCGACACCCUGAACAAGUACUCGGACAAAGUCUUGAGCCGUGUCAACUGCAUCACCAAUGACGUUCGCCGGCUCAUCCUCGUGGAGGACCUCGUGGAUUCCGUCAAGUUUGCGGUGUUGAUGUGGCUGCUGACCUAUGUCGGUGCCUGGUUCAAUGGAAUGACUCUCAUGAUUCUGGCUCUGGUCGGUGCAUUCACCCUCCCCAAGGUUUAUGAACUGUACCAGCCACAGAUUGACCAGUACGUAGGUAUGGCCAAGGAGCAGAUCGAUGGAGUCGUCAGCAAGGUUAAGGAUAAAGUGCCCCUGUUGAAGAAGAAGGAAGAGUAAGAUGCAACAAAAGGAGGCAAUGCCACGGAGACGAAGGAAGAAGAAAGGAGCCUCGAGCUGCCAGCAGUUAUCAUUCUAUUGUUAGAGUAACAUCAAGAGCUUGUAUAAGUACAGCCUGAUCGAUAACAAUGAUAAUAGUAAUCAAUGUACCACCUUUGAGAGUAUGCCUUUUGUGAAGAAUUGUCUUCUAGGGUCUAAUAGUGCAACUUCAGUGUGAUUCACUGGUGAGAUUUCUUACUUUGAUAAAUGACAGUGCUGUCAGAUUCCUGAUGGAGGCAGCUUGUGUAAUUAAUUAUAGUUAACUCUCUCUGCUGAGUGCGUACUGUGGUUGAGGUGCUUAAUGGGGUAAACGUGGAGGACUGGAAGUGCUUCAUCAGUUUUUGCAUGACUUGUCAGACAGUGAAGCACUGGUCAAUCGAUGUAGUGUCAAGUGUACUCAAGCUUAAAGUUUUCAGCGGUGAUUAAGAUGAAACAAGUCAAUGAGCCCAAACAAACUAUGCGACUUAAAAAGCAAGAUAAGCUAGCACUGUUUCUUACUGUUUGUAUUGCGAUUUGCAGUUGGAGGAUUGUUGAGCACAAGUAAUUAGAUGUUAGCUAUAGUCCAGUAGCACAAACUAUAUACGUAUGUAAUUGGAUGUACAUUUAUGUACAUGCUUCCCUUGACUGAGAUAUUGAAUCUUGUGUAUGAUAUACAAGUACGUUUGUCUGAUGUAGUGUGAUGAUGUAAUCUGAUCUUCCUAUCAGUCAUUGUCAUGGAGAUGUUGUCAAGGACACCUUCCCUGUUGUCUGCAGUCUCGCUCUUUUGUUUUAUUAUUAAGAUGUUGGAAUCUGGUCAAUCUUGAUGUAGAUGUAUCAAUUGAUAAGUAAACCAAUGGUUGAUACCCA